GUUGUGUGCCGACUAGCGGCAGUUCUGAGCUGUGUUCAGUGCCUCUCUCUUUUCUUCUUUUCUUUGUGGUCGCUGUCACCACAAAUUAUUACUCCCUAGCUGAAGACCUAUCAGUACGACGCCGUUUCUCUCCACACGCCUAAGAGAGCUCCUCUCCCUCACACUCCAGCUUAUUAAACAGAAGUAGGAUCAUUCUACAUCAAGGUGUCUUGUGUGCGAGUAAAAAGGAAAAAAAAAUGUUGAAGCAUGUCUUUGGGAAGGUGUGGAACAAAGGGGUUCAUGUGUAUGGAGGAAACAGAGUUCUGCCUUGCCUGUAUGUGUCCACCAGUGGUUUCCACAGUGGACAGGUCAAUUGUGCGCAGAGAAGUUUUUUCGGGGUAGAGGAUUUCCUUGAUGAUAACAAUAGCCGGCCAUACACUUACCAGAAGGAGAGGAUAUCCAAAAAUCCACAAAAACAUGUAUCAUUCAAACAGCGCACCAUAGCCUACAUUGAACCAUUUACACUUGAUGUGUUCAUCUCAAAGCGGUUUGUUUCAGCCUCUAUCACCCACCGGGUGACCUGCAAGCAGGUUGCAGUUGCCGGUACCAACUCCAAAGACAUUAAAGCUGUCCUCAAGUCUCGCUGUGAUAUACCGGCCUGUUUGGCCGUCGGCCAAAUCUUAGCCGAUAGGGCAAGAGAAGCUGAUGUCUACACUGCUGCUUAUACUCCCAGGGACAGGGACAAGUUUGAAGGGAAGAUUAGGGCAGUUGUUCAAUCCCUCAUUGAUAGUGGGAUUGAUGUUAAAGUUUAUCUUGACUGAAUUGGUUUUUCUUUCUCCUUUGAAUUUAAUUUUCUUUGGACGCUGUGAGAGGUUUUGUAUGGAACUCUUAUUUGUGAUUAUGAAGGCAUAUCAUUGCCAAUUUCU